AUGCUCGGUCGCCUUUUGAACACGGCCGCCUCGACCCUGAAUCCGGGUGGGUAUCCGACCCGCAAUAAUAAUCCCACCCACCUCGAGUCCGUCACCGAAGAAGAACACACCUCGGGCCUGCUGUUCCCGGACGCCAGUCUCCUUCGUCGUUCCACUGCUCAUGCCUAUCCGUUGCAGUCCGGCUUCAAUUCGUCCAAUGCCUCCGUCGUCGGCGCCUACGAUGACCGUGGUGGCUUGGAGCUCGAUCCCGUCAAGGAUUUCCGUGUCAUCAUCGCCCAGAACGCCCUGGGGGAUCGAGAUCCCUGUGUCCUGCUGGAUACCCGCGUUGCCACCGACCACCCCUCCUCCUCCUCCUCCUCCUCCUCCUCCUCUGUCUCUCCCAGGGGUCUCGGCAUCGAGCCUCCGGGCAUCAAUAGCGCCGCCCCCGCUGCCACCGGCGGACAUGCCCGUACCUUCUCCAAUGCCUCGAGAACCUCGCGUCGCAGCCAGCUCCUCGGCUCGCAGGCCUCCUCCAUCAUCGCAGACUCCUCCGACGCCCGCAAGUCUUUGCCCAUGAGUCCCGCCACCGGUGGUGCCUUCUCCAGAGCCCGCGGCCGCAGUUCCACCUUGUCGCCGGGCGCCGCUCACCAUGAACCCUACCACUCCCGAGGCGACACCAGUGAUACCGGGCUCUUGAAUUGUAUCUUUGGGAGUAGUGUCUUCAGCUACCGCGGCUCGUCGACCAAGAUGCACAUCAUCUCUGCCGACGAAGAGGCCGGCCUCAACAAUACUCCCUCCUCCUCCUCCGCCUCCCAUCAUCUUACCUCCCCUCCAAACGGCACCGACGGCCCCGUCCGCAGUCCGCUCUCCCGAGCCUACACAACGGGCAGCCAGUCCGGCUUUGUCACUCCGUUACCCAAGGGCGUCCCCACCGAGUCGAAGCAGCCCUCCAAGGUCACCUUUCUGGUCACCCGCAUGUUCAGCGUCAACUUGCCGGAGACUGGCGACGCCUCAGUAGUGGCGGCGGCGGGGGACCGCGCCGACUACGCCACCUCCAUCUACCAGGAAUCACUCCCGGACUCCGGUUUCCCCUUCCCCGACGUCUCCAAACGGAAGAAGGUCAAGGAGAAGAAGACCCCCAUGUACGCGGUCGCCAUCACCAUUCAAAUCCCUCUCCUGGCUCGUAGCGCCGCCGCUCGCCCGGCCUCGCGAUUCAGCACGCAGGGGCCUGACUCCCCCCGAUUCGCCAUGGCGUGCUCGCUGGACUCGGAUUACCGCUGGCGCGGUGGCUUGCUUGAGGACAGCCUAUCGUCCGCCUCAACGCCCGCCAGCCUCGAUGAGCGCAUCGACCUGUUGGUCGACCACUGGGACGUCAUCACCCGCACUCUCUCGCACCUGGAACGCCUGGCCCGCAAGGAGAUCCUCUUCCUGCUCAAAAAGGUCGAUUCGCUGUCCGGCGGUGCGCACCCAAAGCCCGCCAAGCCCCCCAACAUGCAGCGCACCAACCAGACCAUCGUCCACCUCCCCGCCAACAUCCUCGCCGUCAACUCCCGACUGAGGGAGGAAGCCCUGCGGAGCACCCGUCGUAUCAGCCUCGCCCUCCAGAUGCCCUACGUCGUGACCGGCCAGAGCCGCUGGGGGGUCUGGCGCGAGGAAGGCCGCUCCAUCGUCCGGAGCCUGGGCGACAAAGAACACGGCUUCUUCUUCCUGGUCCUCAUCACCGCAUUCCUCGGCAACCACACCGAAUGGCUCAGCGUCCUGGGCCCGGACUGGUAUCGGAGACGCCACCACCUGCAGCAGAAGGCCCAGACCGCCGACGCCGACCCCGGCAUCACCAGUCGCACCGUCAUCGUCUCCCCGGACAAGAUGACCGCCCGCCGCCUCAUCUUCCUUCUGGCCGCCUUCCUCCCGGCCAAACAACGCUUCGAGCCCUUGCUACCCUCCCCCCUGCGACCGGGUACCUCGACCUCGAUCCGCGCCGUUUCGCAGAGCCCUCCUAAUAAUAUCCCCGUCCUCCGGCAGGAAUCGCUCCGCCGGGCCAUCGAGCGCCGAGCUCGCGCCCAGCGGUUGAACCUCGGCGACCGGGAUCCCCCAACCCCUCACCAACGGUCUGUCAGCGCGUCCUCAAACGAAACCACCCAUCGAUCGUCCGAAGACGUGGAGCGGGCCUUUGCCGCCACUACUGACACUCUAACUCACCGGCGCGGGUCCGAUGCCCGGUCAAUCAAGACGCUAGGAAUCGGCAUGGGAGGAGGCGCCAAGGAUCUGCGAGCCAAGAAGGCCGCAACCGCCACCACAUCAACCACCACCCCCAGCAGUACGGUGCCAGUGCCGCACUUUGCCUCCCACCAGGCUCGCCCCGUCGACGUGGCGGCCGAGGGGUUGGACAGUCUCGCGUCGGAGACUCUCUUGCGGAACCUGAAGCGUAGUGAAAGUUCCGCGGUGAGCACCACCACCAGUAGUAGUAUUCCCUCCGCCGGGGGUCGCUGGGGCAGCCUCUUCUUCUCUGGCUUGUUUAGUUCCUCACGCCAAGAAUCUGGCACCGAAGACACCGAAGUCAGUCCUUCACUACCACCUCAUUCCGACAGCCGCCGGCGGUCCAUCUCCACCUUUCCCAGUUCAGCCAAGCAGAGGGCACCCACUCUUAGCCAGAUGGUGAAGGAGGCGACAGGAACCACCAUCCCCGAACAUCCUACUGCCGAGGCUCCUACCACUACCCUCACUACCACCACCACCACCACCGCCACCACCACUACCACUACCACUACCACUAGCAAUCACAUUUCAAUUCCAAAGCCACCCUACGCGAAAAGAGCGUCUCAGGCUGAUGAGGAAGAAGAUAAUGAAGACGUACCUGGCUCCAUGUCGUUACCUGACCACAGCAAAGAUUUCCCUCUGAAACUGUCGGUGCGUGCCGAGGACGGGGUGGUCGAUGUUGACCUUCCACUGCCCGGGUUUGUGUCGUUGUCCUCGUCCGGUGACUCGACCGUGGCCUCGCCGAAGAAGACCCGGACGUCAAUCACGAGCAUGGACGUCCUGGGUUCGACGCACAGCAGCUCCUCGGGCUUUCACUGCGCGCCCAAGGAGCACGAGGGCCCCAAUAUCAAUGUGGGCGGCUGGUUGAAGGGCUUCCACGAGGAUCUCCUGCUGCAGGCCGUCCGUCCGUACAACAACCUCGAGGCGGACAUCAAGCGCGCCAUGCAAGCCGAACCCACCCCGUACGCCGCCUUCAGCGUCGACGCCGAUGGGUCCGACCGAUGGGUAGACGUGGCCAGCACGCUGAUCGCCGACACGCGGACCUUCACCGUGAAGCGCCUGCGUCUGCGACGCAAGGUACCCCUCCACAGUCGUCCGUUGCGCAGUCCCAUCUCCCCGCCGUCCGGUUUCUCCCAGCCGGGAACCCCGCGUCAUGUCUCCUCCGGCGGGCUGUCAUCCGCCUCCCAGUUCUCGAACUUCUUCUUCUCCACCUCCUCUUCCUCUCACAUGGGUGGUGGUGGUGGUGGUGGUGGUGGUGGCAUUGGUAGCCGACCCUCAAACGUCGAGGAGAAGUUUGUGGAGGAAACGGUGAUGGAUCUUGACGGCAUCCUGGUCGACGCUGUGGAGCGAGUCCUGGCGCAGAGUGGACAGUCCUCGCUGGCACACUCGCGGGCGCCCUCACCGUCUCGCCACCGUACGGCAAAGGCCGACGAGAUCCGCGGUGGCGGCGACGAAACCGUGCCCUCACUCGAGGUGCCCCGCGGGGAAUGCCGCAAGACCGUCCUCGGCGCACUGGAAGAGGUGGUCCGCAGCGUGACGGCGGAGCAUUGCCGCGAGGACGUCGACGGGGAACUCGGCCUGGCGGACAGGGAGCAGCGUCGCGUACAGGCUGGCGCGGACAAUACGUUGCGAGAAGGCAUUCGCAAGUGGCUUCUUGAUAUCGAGGAAGCUUGGUAG